UGAUAAUACCCAUAAUCAUUAUUUAGAAAAAACUACAAAUACUACAAAACUACAUAUCCUCUUUUCCCGGCUUUAAUGGUAGAAUAUCGCAACAGCGCCCCCGGUUUUAAUGGUGGAAAUGCAGUAAUGCUUUCCCGCCUUAAAUGGUUUAGUUAAACAAAGUCUCCAGCAGUUGGAGUUUAAUGUCUGCAGAUCAGAUUCGGGAGGUUUUUCCUCCCCUGACUCGGCACCUCUCUGCUGCCUUUCUCCAGUCCUAAACUCCAGUAAAUAUAGGAGUCAUUCCCAACUGUAAAUCUAUCCUCGUCCAUAACAUCCUCUGCAUAUUUUUGGGAUGCAAUACUAGUUUGCAAAAAGUGCGAGGAAGUUCAGUUUGAGCAGCUUCUAGAGCCCGUCCCCUGGGUACCAACUCUGGAUGCACAAACAGGUUUUGCAGCAGUUUUUUCCCAGUCUUUAUCGCACUCUGAAAGGAGUUUAUUGCUUUGAUUGAAUCCAUUUUCCAUCAACACUGAUUGGACAUGAACAUAAAAGAAAUAAACUCUGUAAAACCCUCCUGGAUCUGCUGGAAAAGUCCUCGUCAAGUUCUGUUAUCACAGAACAUUUAACUGCAACAAAUAUACUUUUACAAAGAGCUUUUACUUGUAGUGAAGUAUUUUCUCAGGGUGGUAUUAGUACUUUUACUGCAGUAACGUCUCUUCCACCUUUGGACAGAACUCAUGUAGCUGCUUCACCAUCAUUUCUUUAUGAAAACUUGAAGGUAAAACAAAAAUAACGUUAUGACUUUUGUUGGUCCAGUUCACUUCACUUCUUUCACUAUAAUUGGACUUUCUUUUUUAUUCCUUCUCAUAUUUUAUCAAACCUAAACAGACUGAUUCAUGCAGAGGCUUGUUUUAUUAAUCUCUCAGUUUGUCCUUUGUCCUCCCUCCUGGUUGAGGUGAAGUUUCUCUCUUUACAGCCUGUUCUGUCUGCUUCCCUAGCCUUCUUUAUUUGCCUCUCAUGUCCCAGUAAUCCAGCGUUACCUGCUCAGGUGGCUGUCCUUCCCUGUGCUCAGUGCCGCUCUCUCUCAGCGGCGGCAGCGUCUCAAGAGUGUCUCAUUGUGUUUCAGCAGAAAUAAGACAGAAGAGGAGUUCCCCUUCACUUUGACCAGCUUUACUCUUUGAACACUAAGUGACAGUAACUUCCCCCGGUCCUUUAACAGCUUAGAAGUCUUUGUCUUGACCUGCUGGUCUGAAGCCGGACAGCCGCUCCACUUUGGCGUCAUGUCUCAGAAGUCGCAGUCAGACGGCGGUCAGAAACACUUCGCCGUGGGUCGGGGGCUCCUGGCCGCCGCAGAGACCUUGAACUACAGCAUGAACGAGCAGCGAUCCAGUCGGCAGAUGGGGGGCGUGUCCUCUGGCAUGGGGGUGGGCGGCGGCAUGGACGGCCACGACGGCGGCGGCGGCUCGCAGACGUCCCGGCGCGCCGGCAGCCACAUUGGCAACACCAUGAAGCUGUUUGCCAGCUUGGGGCUGUCGCCCUCCGACCUGGACGCUCUGGCCGAGAUCCCAGAAGAGGACAUCAGCGUGGAGACGCUGCCGCACUUCCUCAUGCAGCUCAAGAGCCGCAAGGGAGACGCAGGGGAGCGCCGCGGGGCGUCCUCUGACGCCGGCUACCGAGGAGGAAGAGACGGCUGGGAUGACAUGCACAUGGGCAGGAUGGGCGGUCCUUCUCUGGGCUCCGGUUCAGCCCGGUCCCAGACCUCUGCAGACUUUGGGUACGGGUCCCUGCAGGACGUGGCGCCCAGCCGGGGCUACGGUUUAAGUUUCGGCAGUGGAGGCGGUGGCGGCGGCAGAGAGAGGUCGUACUCUGAGCUUUCUCAACACGAGUCCUACAGCGGGCUCGGCAUGGGUCCGUCAUCGUCCGAGCCCGUCUUUAUGCAGAGGAGGAUCGGCUCACCGUCCAACGGGAAAGUCCAAGACUUCUUGGGAGUCUUGCCCCCCAUGUUCCCCCACGUGUGCUCUCUUUGUGACUUUGACGUUCACUCCACCCUGGAGUGGAACCAGCACACUAAUGGACUUCGACAUGCAGAAAACAGACGUGUGCUGCUUGACAUGUAUCCGGACUGGGACCCUGGCAUGUCCUCGGGCAGAGGCGCUCUCCUGGAAACGCCCAACAUGUCUGCAGGGCUGCUGGGAGCCGCCCCCAUGUCCUCGUCUCAGACGUCCUCCAGCUGGGGAGGAGGAGGAGGUCCUGGUCUGUCAGGGAAGAACCAGCUGGGACAAAAUAAGCUGAGGAGCAGGGUGGUGGUGGUGAACUACGACAGGAAACCUCUCAGCAACAAGACUCUGUUCGCCUUCACCGAGCCGUUCGGCGUCCUGCGGGAGCACCUGGUCCUCAAGAACAAGGCCUUCCUGGAGAUGAACAGCCACGAGGAGGCCGUGGACAUGGUCAACUACUACGAGCAGCACCAGGCGGCGCUCUACGGCAAACCCAUCAACUUCUACCUGUCCAAGAGGCUGCUGGUCAUCGAGAAAGACCAGCGGGCCUCAGACAGGUCCAUGGACAGGUCGAUGGACAGGUCGAUGGACAGGUCCAUGGACAGGCCCAUGGACAGACCUGUCAGGGAGGUGAAAGGUCAGGGCAGCCGUGUGGUUUUCUUCUUCAACCUGCCCAGACAGGACGAGAAGAAGAAGGAGCUGCUGACCAUCGCCGAACGCUUCGGCAUCGUAGAGAAACACCUGUUCCUCACCGACCAGGCGUUCGUCCAGCUCGGGACUCCGGAGGACGCAGAGAUGUUGGUCAAGUAUUACAGCGUGAACCCGCUCAACAUCGACGGGCGACCCAUCCGCCUCAACAUCUGCGCCAAGUACAAGACGCUCAAUGUGAACCGAAGACAAGGAGGAGACGGUCGCAGCCAGAGGAGCGGAGGAGGAGCAAACGCCUCCUCCGGAUCUGCAACCAGGUCCUCCUUCAACCCCCCCAGGACCUCCUCCACCUCCUCGUCCAGAUCCCAGUCCAGCUCCAGGAGCAGAGAGGAGAAGAAGAAGGAGGAGGAGAACAAACAGAAGCCUGAGGAGCAGCAUGCAGCAGAGGAGGAGCAGCAGGAGGAGGAGGAGGAGGAGGUGUCAGGAGUGGUGGAGGGGGAGGACGGAGGAGAAGAGGAGGAGGAGGAGGAGAAGGUAACUGAUGGAGAUGCAGAGGAGGAGCAGCCUGAAGCAGCAGAGUCUGUGAUGGAAACAACAGAGAAGUCUGAGGAGGUCCAACAGCAGGAGGCUCCUGGCGCUGAUGAUGUCACUGUGGGCGGGGCCGAGGGAGCGGUGAGGCAGGAGGCGGAGUCAGAGGGAGCGGCAGAACCCACAGAACCAGGAACCACGAGUGAAGAACACGAGAACAAAGAAGAAACGAGCGCAGAACCUGCAGAGAGCUCCGAGACUGCAGACCCAGACCGGCCCGAGGACCCGUUCGAUCAGGACUUCCUGGAGAACAUGGAGGACUUUGUGACGUUGGACGAGCUGGCGGAGGACGAGGACGAAGCGGACGAAGAGUCCGACUCCAUCGACAACACGAGGACAGGGCUCAGCUUUAACGGUGGCGGCUCUCUUGCUGUCCAGGGCAUGAGGGUGGUGAACAUCGUCGGCUUCAGACGAGGUUACAACUUCAUGAACGAGCUGCUGGGACUCGCCAAACCUUUUGGGAAGGUGGUGAAACACCUGGUGCUGGACUUAAGAUCUGAGGCGUACCUGCAGUUCGCCACAGAAGAAGAAGCUCGAGCGAUGGCGAGUUUCUAUAACGGGAACAUCAAGGCGUCCGUGUGCGGCCGCCAGGUGAGAGUCAGCCACUCCACCAGCUACCCGACCAUCCAGUGUGGCUCCAGCAGGGUUGUGUAUGUGGGUCAGAUCCCCAACAGUAAAUAUUCUGACGCUGCGGUGCUGAAGCUGGCCGAGCCGUUCGGGAGAGUCAGCAAGUAUUUCCUCAACCGGCUCAGGAGAGAGUGUUUCCUGGAGAUGGAGAAGGCGGAGGAGGCGGAGAAGAUGGCUGAAGAAUAUAAAACCAAUCCUCCAAAGUUCCACGGGAAACGUCUGACCGUCUACGUCAGCAGGAAGUACCGGCAGCUCAAACACGGACAUCGGUGUCCUGGAGCAACGAAGAGAGAAAACAACAGCAACACGCCCCCCAAAACCUCCAAACUACCUGAACCAGCUGAGGAACCUGCAGCCAAGAAAGCCAAGGAGGAGAAACCAGAGGAGCAGCAGGAGCAGCAGGAGAAACCAGAGGAGGAGCAGAAACCAGAGGAGGCUGAGAAGGAGGAGAAGCAGCAGGAGGAGCAGAAGGAGAAGGAGGUGGAGGAGGUGCAGAGAGGAGAAAACUUAGCUGAGAAGAUUCCUGAGGAGAAGCAGACGAUCCAUCAGGAGCAGCAGGAGGCGAAGCAGGAGCAGCAGCAGGAGGUGAAGCAGCAGCAGGAGGAGGAGAAGAUGGAGACGUCGACCAAUCAGAGCAGAGAGACGGCGGCGCCCCCGCCGGCGGAGACCAGAGUCAGCGUGGCGUCUCUGCCGCUGCCGCCGCACGACCCCGACACGCCCAUCGGUGUGGAGCAUGUGAAGAUGGGUUAUUACUGCCGCGUCUGCUUCCUGUUUUACUCCAACGAAGAAAUGGCGAAAAAAACUCACUGCAGCAGCGCAGCACACUACGACAAACUACAGAAACAUCUGGAGAAGGAGCAGGCCAAAGCAGAGAAGAAGAAAGGGAAGAAGAGCAGCUCCUGAAGAGUCAAACUAUUUUAUUUUACUGUUUUUUAAUCCUGAAAAUGUUGAAUAAAUCCAUGAGUCACACACGACGUCUUCAAAUGUUUAUUAAGAAAUUAAUAAACCUGUGGAAACAAAUGAGAUCAAAAUACUGUAUCAGAUUCAUUGAUUAUACUUAAUUGAUUUAUUGGAUAAUUGGUUAAUUGUGUUUAAAAGACGUCGGACUGUGACUUUAUGAACCCAACGAUCAAAUAAUCAGCAGAUUAUUGAAUGAGAAUAAAAGUCUGAAUGUUUCUGUGACUGUUUGAAUAAAGGAAUAGUUGCUCUGGUUAGCCUAGCUUAGCAUUAGAGCCCCCAAACUUUUCUGUUUUUACUUUAAAAACAUUAAUUUACGUCCAAAAGCUGCAAAGUGAGUCGUUGUAAGAAGUCGAGCUGUUCACCUUUUGUUGUUCUGAGUUUUUUAUGUUGAUGAAUUAUUUGCAUGUUUUAUAGAAUAAAACAGUUUCCACAAAUGA